AUGUUAAUUUCUCAAAACAUCAUCAACGAAGGUAUUAUUAUUAUUAAUAAUGGUAAUGAUAUGAUCAGAGUACCAAUUACUCCUAUAUCUACAUAUAAUGAUGAAUUUACAUCUACAAAAUUUACAUCAAGAACUAGAAAUAAUACAACUCCAUCACCUUGUACCACAAAUGGACCAGAAGUAACGCCUACAAUAUUCAGAGCACCAACAUCAUUGAAUAGUAGUGGUAAUUAUGCAAAUUAUCCUCUCGUUUUACCACCGUUAUCAGUGGUUCGAUGUAAUAUCACCUAUACACAUUUAGAAGAUAUUUUAUUACCAUCUGGUACAAUCCCAAUAUCUCCACCAUUAGCGAAAAAAAAUAACAAUCAAUUCAAAACAUCAUCUGACAAACAUUCUAAAGCUUCAACAACAUCAUCUUUCCUACAAUCAAAUACCAAUGCUAAUAAUAAAAUUUCUCGGCUAAUGCCUUCAAGAAAUAGACCAACGUCACUGCAAAUUCAACAAAAGAUUUCGAAUACACAAAACAUUAAUGACACGUUAACAACUAACAAUGAUAAUGAUGAUAGUAGUAGUAUUAGUAAGGAACAUAUUAUUGUUAUGGAAUACUUUGGCAAAAGUUUAGAUCUUAGCAUUGACAAAUUUAACACUUUAAAAUUUACCAGAGAAUUAUUCUUGAAUAUUUGUAAAGGCGUUCAAUUCUUGCAUAAAAAUGGAAUUGUUGUAGUCUCUUACAAAAUCAUUCAUAGUUUGAAAAAUAUCAGAGCAGUAACAAUAGAUGAGGAAAUCCUUAAUUCAGAAGAAAUCUCAGAAAAUAUAACUAAGUUGAAGAGAAAAUUGAAAAAAGACACAUCGGUGUUGUCUUUUGAAUUGUAUAGGAGAAUUAGGAAGGUCACAGUUUCAGAACUUCCUUGGAAUGACCCUCUGACAAAUCAAAUUAUUAGUAAGGAUUCAGAUAUUAUAUGUCUCUUGCCAGAUGAAUUGUGA